AUGGCCUCCGCAAGACUCUCCCGUAAGACCGGUGUCAUCGUGGGCGACGAUGUCCUGGCUCUGUUCAACCACGCCCGCGAGAACAAAUACGCCAUCCCGGCCAUUAACGUCACCUCCUCCUCCACCGUCGUCGCUUCGCUCGAGGCCGCCCGCGAUGCCAAGUCCCCCAUAAUCCUGCAGAUGUCCCAGGGUGGUGCUGCCUACUUCGCCGGAAAGGGCGUUCCCAACGGCGACCAGUCUGCUUCCAUUGCUGGUGCCAUCGCCGGUGCUCACUACAUUCGUGCUGUCGCGCCUGCCUACGGCAUCCCCGUCGUUCUGCACACCGACCACUGCGCGAAGAAGCUGCUGCCAUGGUUCGAUGGAAUGUUCGACGCCGACGAGGCGUACUUCAAGGAGCACGGCGAGCCCCUUUUCAGCUCUCACAUGAUCGACCUGUCUGAGGAGUCCGUUGAGUGGAACCUCAAGACCACGGCGCAUUACCUGAAGAGGGCUGCCCCCAUGAAGCAGUGGCUCGAAAUGGAAAUCGGUAUUACCGGUGGUGAGGAAGACGGUGUCAACAACGAGUCUGUUGACAACAACAGCUUGUACACCCAACCUGAAGACAUCUACGAGAUCUACAAGACCUUGAAGCCCAUUUCACCUUACUUCUCGAUCGCUGCCGGCUUUGGAAACGUCCACGGUCUGUACAAGCCUGGCAACGUCAAGCUGCACCCCGAGCUGUUGGGCAAGCACCAGAAGUACGUCAAGGAGCAGCUCAAGACCGACGACGAGAAGCCUGUCACCUUCGUCUUCCACGGCGGUUCAGGAUCAUCCAAGAAGGAGUACCUCGAUGCCAUCAGCUAUGGUGUCGUCAAGGUCAAUGUCGACACCGAUAUGCAGUUCGCUUACCUGGCCGGUAUCCGAGACUACGUCCUCAGCAAGAAGGACUACCUCAUGACACCUGUCGGCAACCCCGAUGGCGAGGACAAGCCCAACAAGAAAUUCUUCGACCCCCGCGUCUGGGUUCGUGAGGGUGAGAAGACCAUGUCGAAGCGUGUCACCGAAGCUCUCAACGACUUCAACUGCACUGGUCAGCUAUAA